AUGUCCCCCAGCGGGGAGGAUGCCGCCAUCAAGAGAGUGCUCCAAGACAAGCGGUUCAAGAAUCGCGAGUUACAGAUCAUGCGAAUUGUGCGCCAUCCAAACAUCGUGGAGCUAAAGGCCUUUUAUUAUUCUAAUGGGGAGAGGGAUGAAGUCUACCUGAACCUGGUUCUUGAGUAUGUGCCGGAGACGGUUUAUCGAGCGUCGCGCUACUUCAACAAAAUGAAGACCACGAUGCCGAUGAUCGAGGUCAAGCUUUACAUCUACCAAUUGUUCCGGUCUCUUGCCUACAUCCAUUCUAGGGGGAUAUGCCACAGGGACAUCAAACCCCAGAAUCUCUUACUGGAUCCGACCACGGGUGUGCUCAAGCUCUGCGACUUUGGCUCUGCCAAGAUCCUGGUCGAGAACGAGCCCAAUGUGUCCUACAUCUGCUCACGCUACUACCGGGCGCCGGAGUUGAUCUUCGGCGCAACCAACUACACAACAAAAAUCGGUAAUUAUCUCCUUUCACUUCCCAGCUCGGAUGUGUGGUCCACUGGUUGCGUGAUGGCCGAACUCAUGCUGGGACAACCUUUGUUCCCAGGCGAAUCUGGAAUCGAUCAAUUGGUUGAGAUCAUCAAGGUCUUGGGAACUCCGACUCGGGAGCAGAUUCGGACGAUGAAUCCGAAUUACAUGGAACACAAGUUCCCUCAGAUCAAGCCCCAUCCCUUCAACAAGGUUUUCCGCAGGGCCCCUCCUGAAGCAAUCGACUUGAUUUCGGCGCUCCUAGAAUAUACUCCAACACAGCGACUGCGUGCGAUCGAAGCAAUGUGCCACCCCUUCUUCGAUGAACUAAGGGAUCCGAACACGCGCCUCCCUGACUCCCGCCAUCCCAACAACCCGCCCCGAGAGCUUCCUAAUCUCUUCGAUUUUUCACGUCACGAACUAUCCAUGGCACCCGAGUUGAACAGCCGGCUGGUCCCUCCUCACGCUCGUGCUGCGCUUGAGGCUAAAGGCCUCGAUAUUGACAACUUCACGCCUAUCCCGCCGGAAGAGAUGCGUGCUCACCUUGAUUGA